CGCUUGCUAGCUCCGCCGCGCUCUGAGGUGUGUGGGGCGUCGAGCCCCCAGUCCCGGUGAGGCGCGGCGCGGCGGGAUGCGGCGGCGGCCGUGGCGGGGUCGCGGGCCGGGCGGGCGGACGCGGUGAUGAGCGUCGGCGGCCACCGCCAUGUCCAAGGUAACGGCGCCCGGGCCCGGACCGCCGGCGGCGGCAGCGGGCGGGAAGGAGAAGCGCUCUUUCAGCAAGCGGCUGUUCCGGAGCGGCCGCGGGGGCGGCGGCGGCGGCGGCGCUGGGGGCCCCGGGCCGGCCGCGCCCUCCUCGCCCUCGUCGGCGCGCUCGGUGGGUAGCUUCAUGAGCCGCGUCCUCAAGACGCUGUCCACGCUCUCACACCUUAGCUCUGAGGGCGCCGCCCCGGACCGCGGCGGCCUCCGCAGCUGCUUCCCGCCCGGGCCCACGGCCGCGCCCACGCCGCCGCCGUGCCCGCCGCCGCCCGCCUCGCCCGCGCCGCCCGCCUGCGCCGCGGAGCCGGUGCCCGGGGUGGCGGGGCUCCGGAACCACGGCAACACGUGCUUCAUGAACGCCACGCUUCAGUGCCUCAGCAACACCGAGCUCUUCGCCGAGUACCUGGCGCUCGGCCAGUACCGGGCGGGGCGGCCCGAGCCCUCGCCUGACCCCGAGCAGCCCGCGGGGCGCGGCGCGCAGGGCCAGGGUGAGGUCACCGAGCAGCUGGCGCACCUGGUGCGGGCCCUCUGGACCCUGGAGUACACCCCGCAGCACAGCCGCGACUUCAAGAGUAUUGUGUCAAAGAAUGCACUGCAGUAUCGGGGAAAUUCCCAGCAUGACGCCCAGGAGUUUCUGCUGUGGCUUUUGGACCGAGUUCAUGAAGACCUCAAUCAUGCUGUGAAGCAGAGUGGCCAGCCUCCUCUGAAGCCACCGUCAGAGACUGAUAUGAUGCCCGAGGGACCAUCUUUUCCUGUCUGUAGCACUUUCGUACAAGAACUUUUUCAAGCCCAGUACAGAUCUUCUUUGACGUGUCCUCAUUGCCAGAAGCAGAGCAACACUUUUGAUCCUUUCCUCUGCAUUUCUUUGCCAAUUCCACUACCCCACACAAGGCCUCUGUAUGUCACUGUAGUGUAUCAAGGGAAAUGUUCUCACUGCAUGCGGAUUGGUGUGGCCGUGCCUCUGUCUGGGACUGUUGCCAGACUUCGGGAAGCAGUGUCUAUGGAAACAAAGAUCCCCACUGAUCAGAUUGUGUUAACAGAAAUGUACUAUGAUGGGUUCCAUCGUUCCUUUUGUGACACAGACGACCUGGAAACAGUCCAUGAAAGCGACUGCAUUUUUGCCUUUGAGACUCCAGAAAUAUUUAGGCCUGAAGGAAUUCUCAGUCAAAGAGGAAUCCACUUAAACAACAACCUAAACCACUUGAAAUUUGGCUUGGAUCAUUAUAGACUGUCUUCUUCUACACAAGCAGCAGCAAAGCAGGGGAGAGCGGACUUAACCCCCGCGAGAACAGGAAGCGACAAGAUUGUUCUGUUAGUGUGUAACCGAGCCUGCACUGGGCAGCAAGGGAAAAGAUUUGGACUACCUUUUGUGCUGCACUUAGAGAAGACAAUAGCAUGGGACCUUCUGCAGAGGGAAAUCUUGGAGAAGAUGAAGUAUUUCUUGAGGCCCACAGUUGGCAUUCAGGUGUGUCCAUUCAGUUUGCGAGUGGUCAGUGUUGUGGGAAUAACAUACUUGCUGCCCCAGGAGGAGCAGCCCCUGUGCCACCCAACAGUAGAAAGGGCACUAAAAUCUUGUGGACCAGGUGGCACUGCUCACGUGAAAUUAGUGGUAGAAUGGGACAAGGAGACAAAAGAUUUCUUGUUUGUAAAUACCGAAGAUGAGUAUAUCCCUGAUGCAGAAAGUGUCCGGCUGCAAAGGGAGCAUCACCAUCAGCCUCAAACUUGCACUUUAUCCCAGUGUUUCCAACUCUACACCAAAGAGGAGCGGCUUGCCCCAGAUGACGCCUGGCGGUGCCCGCACUGCAAGCAGCUGCAGCAGGGUAGCAUUACGUUAAGCCUCUGGACUCUGCCUGACGUGCUUAUCAUACACCUAAAGCGAUUCCGACAGGAAGGAGACAAGCGUAUGAAACUUCAGAACAUGGUCAAGUUCCCUCUGACUGGCCUGGACAUGACACCUCACGUGGUUAAGAGAAGCCAGAGCAGCUGGAGUUUGCCAUCCCAUUGGUCUCCAUGGAGACGGCCCUACGGACUCGGGCGGGACCCUGAGGACUACAUCUAUGACCUGUAUGCUGUGUGCAAUCAUCACGGCACCAUGCAAGGGGGGCACUACACAGCAUACUGCAAGAACUCGGUGGACGGCCUCUGGUACUGCUUCGACGACAGUGACGUGCAGCAGCUGUCGGAAGACGAGGUCUGCACGCAGACGGCGUACAUCCUCUUCUACCAGAGGCGGACAGCUAUACCGUCAUGGUCGGCCAACAGCUCGGUGGCAGGCUCCACAAGUUCCUCCUUGUGUGAACACUGGGUGAGCCGGCUCCCGGGGAGCAAGCAAGCCAGCGUGACCUCUGCAGCUUCCUCCAGACGCACCUCCCUGGCCUCGCUGUCUGAGUCUGUGGAGAUGACUGGGGAAAGGAGUGAAGAUGAUGGAGGUUUCUCAACUCGACCGUUCGUGAGAAGCGUCCAGCGCCAGAGCUUGUCAUCCAGAUCUUCUGUCACCAGCCCCUUGGCCGUCAAUGAAAAUUGCAUUAGACCUUCCUGGUCCCUGUCUGCUAAGCUGCAGAUGCGCUCCAGUUCCCCUUCCCGCUUCUCAGGGGACUCUCCGAUUCACACCUCCGCCUCCACCUUGGAGAAGAUCGGGGAAGCGGUGGACGACAAAGUUUCCAUCUCUUGCUUUGGUAGCUUGAGGAACCUGUCCAGCAGUUACCAGGACUCAAGCGAUGGUCACAGUCGACGGGAGCACAAGGCUGUGGGCCGGGCCCCUCUGGCUGUCAUGGAAGGUGUGUUCAAAGACGAAUCAGACACCCACAAGUUGAACUCCGGUGUUGUAGACACACAGAGCAAAAGCUCAGCACAAGGGGAUCAGUUGCCCCCCAUAUCUGGUCCAUUUGAUAACAAUAACCAGAUUGCUUAUGUGGAUCAGAGCGAUUCUGUAGACAGCUCUCCAGUCAAAGAGGUGAAACCUCCAAGCCACCCAGGCUCCCUCGCAAAGAAAUCGGAGAGCACAGCCAGGAGAUCCCCCAGCUCCAGGGGCGCUCCUGAGCCAGACAGAAGCUUGCGGAAGGGGAGACCAGUCUUGGCCAGCCAGGAAUCAUCUCUUUCCAGUACAUCCCCUUCUUCUCCUGUUCCUGUAAAAGUUUCUGUAAAGCCCUCCCGCUCCCGAAGCAAAGCCGAUUCUUCUUCCAGGGCCAGUGGACGGCAUUCCUCCCCUGCCCCCCAAAAGGAGUCCUCCCCCAAAUCCCAGGACUCUGUGUCAUCUCCCUCGCUCCAGAAGCAGAAGUCAGCUUCUUCCCUCACCGACAGUGCUUCCUCCACAUCCACCAAAAAAGCCUCAGGCCCUGCCCUGAGGGGCCCCUUCCCUCCUGGGAAGAGCAGGACUUCAGACAGGAGCUUAAGCAGAGAGGGCUCCAGGCAAAGCCUGGCUUCCGACAGAGCCAGCGUCACCUCCAGCCCCAAACCCAGUUCCCCUCGCGUGAGCCAGGCCAGAGCCGGCGACGGCAGGGGAGAUGGAAAGCACGUCCGCAGCUCCUCCAUGGCCAGCCUGCGCUCCCCCAGCAUGAACAUGAAGGCUGGUCUGAAGAGGGACAGCAAGUCGGAGGACAAGGGGCUGUCCUUCUUCAAGUCAGCCUUGAGACAGAAGGAAACCCGGCGGUCGACGGAUCUUGGCAAGACAACCUUGCUGUCCAAGAAGGUGGGCGGGAGCUCAGUCAAGUCCGUCUCUAAGAGUGCAGCGGAUGACAAGGCAGAGAAAGGCUCCCAGGCGCUAGGCUCCCAGCAGCCAAAUGUGAAUGCAGUUGGAAAAGAGCAGCUUGCCUCCAAGGACCCUGCUUCUGCUAAACAUUCCCUGCUGUCCGCCCGCAAAUCCAAGUCUUCCCAGCUAGAUUCUGGAGUGCCCUCGUCUCCUGGUUGCAGGCAGUCUGCUGAGAAAUCCUCAAAAAAGUUACCUUCUAGCAUGCAAACCAAUGCACGGCCUUCUCAAAAACCUCAGUGAUAUUUCUGCAAUCCAAGUGUUUUAUCUGUAAAGAUGUUAAUUUAUUUAGAACCCCUUCCCUCCCACCAAAGCCCUCUAUGCUUUUGUUUUGUAUUUUUUGGGUCACGUGCCUGACGUACGUGUGUGUGUGUGUGUGUGUGUGUGUGUGUGUGUGUGUGUGUGUGUGUGUAGAAUUCAAUUGCAAAUUGUUAAAAGCAUCGCCUUAUUCUGCCAUUGAACCAAAUAACAGCCAUAGGCAAAGCAUUGAUACCAAGUUAACUGGAAUAAUUGCAGACGAUACCCUGGACGGUCCCUUUAGCAAUUGUACAUAUUUCUUUCUAGAGAACUCUAAUGACUUUCGUUGGACGCUAGGGAUUUGAAACCUUUGAACCAGUUAAGCUGUCAUUAGUGUGCUCUGUAGAAGGAUGAAUUAUUUGACUUGGGUUUCAUCUGAGCAGAAUUUGUCCUCACUGCGUGUGGAUUGUCAUGUGGCACCAGAAGCUCUAAAAACUGUGACACUAACAGUGAAACAAACCGAGGGAAGACUGUCGCUUUCUGCACUUUGGCCCCAUCUGCCAGUCUUUGUAAAGGGCAAUAUUUUAACACUAAUGUUUCUCAGGUAUAUGCUCAGCUAGUCUAGGAUGGGUGCACAUCAGUGAGAGGAUCGAAGAAGAAGGUGGCCUGUGGGUGGCUGUCAUUUCUCCUACUGCCACAGAUAGAAGUUUUUAGAGGUAGAAAUGAAGUCUUUCACCACCUUCACGUCUGCAAAGAUGUCCCUACCAUAAGCUGUCUUGACCCUUGGGAUAUGUCCUAAGAGGUGGCAAAUUGGAUAGCUGGAAAGCCAGUCACUAGUAGUUAAUUUUUUUUUUUUCCCUGUAAAUUUGCUAGCUAAGGUCAUUGGGAUUUUGAAAUGUAGUAGAGCAGUUAAUACCUUUGAAAGAUUCCUGGGGAAAACAAUGGAUUCUAAACUGGAUGCAUAAAUCUGCCAUUUUCCUUCUCUGGUGUUGGUUUUUUCCACGUUAGAAGUUGAAAGCUCCAUGCUGCACCAUGUGUGCUUGCCUUUGUUUCCUCAUCUUGUAACAUGGAGAGGAAAGAAGUUGCCUAAUGCCAGCAGUUAGUGAUGGUAUGUUAGAACGAUGUGUGACAAAGUGUUAUACGCACACUUCCGGUCCUGCCUGUCAGUCUUAGUUGUGACUGUUUUUCAGGAACUCAUUAAUUUCUUCUUUGUGCUGAAGAUUUAAUCUCUUACCCAGAAACUCACAAGCAGGAUGGAGCAUGUUCCAUCUGGCAUUGUCAGUGCAAGUUGCAUUUCUUGUUUAGGAAAAAAGGGAACCUCACAGAAAUCCAAAGAUA